AUGCAGAUAAUAACCACUACGUUCAUUCAAAAAGUAAUUUUAGGAUCACACCAAUUACAUGAGCAAUUAUCUAUAGUGGAAGCCCGAAUGAUUGAAUCUGCCAUAGUUUCAAUGCUCACAGAAUCAUUUUGCGAAAAUGAGCAGACAUUAAAAUACUUAGCACGGCUACUUUCACCGAUGUCUUAUAUGGAUGUUAUUAAUGCAAGAAGGGGAAAGAAAAUAUGUGGGUACCCGCUAUGCUAUAAGAGUGCGGCAGAAAAUUCAUCUGAUGGCUUCUUUAUCCACUCAAUGUAUUGUAAUAAUUAUCACAGUAAAUGUUCGUUGUAUUUAAUGAGACAGUUAUCACAAACGCCUCUGCAUGAAAGGCGAGGCGUGCAUUUAACUAGUUACAUUAAUCUAGAGUUUGAUGAUAUGUACUCGGUAAGCCUUUUAGAAGAAUUAGUUGGAAGUGAGGUACCUAUAGAUACCGUCAAAUCGCUGAUAACGAGUUUCAAGGAUCUUGAGUUUGAUGAUACCUACAAGAAUGAGCCUUUACCAUUGGAUGUGUACUUUGGACAGUUGACUACUGAUGAGGAAACCUGUAUAGAAUAG